CAUUUACUCUUUAGACUCUUACCUUACUGGACAACUGCAACAGUGGACACCUACGAAUAUGACAGCCCACUCGUGACGAUCAAACAAGGACUAGGAAAGAUUACAAAAGGGACGUAUAAAAUUAUCCACACUAUCGACUUGGACGACUACGAAAAAAUUACCAACGACGUUAGACUUACUAUAUACCAAGAAAUUAGUAAAACAAAUAUUUUAUUUCCACAACUAAAACAUCAACUUUCCGAGAUAGACAGCUUAUUAAGCCAACUGCGAACAAAAAAUUCAACCAUUCAAAAGAGAUCAAUCAAUUGGAUAGGAUCUGCUUGGAAAUGGUUAGCAGGAAAUCCCGAUGCCACUGACUGGGACCAAAUACUUUCCACAACACAUAAACUGACUGAAAACAGUAACGUACAGUACACCACAAACCAAUACCUUAUCAAGACAAAUAAUAAAAUAUUAGAUAGUCAUAACAUGAUUGUGGAUGAAAUAAGUAAGAAUAAUAAGGAAUUAUUCGCACAAACAUUAUAUAAUAGAUUAGGUAUCGUAAAAGACGAAAUUACUAAAAUUAUAAUGGCAACCCAAUUAGCAAAACAAGGAAUCGUUCAUUCUCAAAUUCUAAAUAAAGAAGAUAUCGCAAAUAUUCUCUCUCAAACUGAGACACUACCUUUUAAAAAUGAACUGCAAGCACUCAAAUAUGCAGAACCUUCUAUGAUUAUUAAAGACUCACUUCUUUUAUAUGUAAUUUCACUACCAAAAACCGAAGAUACCCUUUACAAUAAUAUUAUCAUACGAUCGACUGUAAAACACCUUAAACGAGUAUACUUAGAAUUCACCAAUCUUUUCAUAUCCCAAAACGACAAAUAUGGCAUACUUGGAAAUUGCAUUGAAAUAGAUGAUACUACUAUAUGCAAGAGAAACCAACUUAAAAAACUAAACAAAUCCCAUUGCAUUUCACAAAUCCUUAGCGGAGAAAAAGCGCUUUGCGAUUACCAAUAUGUAAACCAAGCUAUAAUUGAAUUAAUUAGUGAAGGAACAAUAUUUCUCUCAAAUUUUAUUGGAAAUAUUACUUAUAAUAAUACUUCUUUUAAACUAAAUGGUACUUUUCUCAUAAACUUCUUUAACGAAACUAUAACUUUGAAUAACGUUAGUUAUACAAACUGGCAAACAAGUUCCUACCAAAUCUUACCCGCAAUACUUCAGAAUAACCUAACGGAAAAUGAAAUUAAAUUGGACUUAAACUACUUACAUAAACUACAUUUAAAUAAUGUAAAUGAACUAGAACGGAUAACAUCAAAAAACAUUAUUUCAAUUAGCUCAAGCUUCUUAGCAAUUCUUGUUGCAGUAACACUAUCAUUAGUUUUAUAUAUCAUACUCAAACCAAAAACCAGAAAUUCAUUUCUUAUCCCACCAAUAAUAGAUUACCCACAGCUUUCAGUAGCCAAUAAUUCUUAA